AAAGGAAAGUGGCCCCGGACUCCUCUUGUGCCACGCAAUAGCCCUGAGGGAGGAGGAAGAGGAGGAGGAGGAGGAAGUGAGAAAAGGAGAAGGGGAGAAAAAAGGACAAGAAAGAGCUUGGACUGGAGCCAAACGGGGUCUGGAUUGCAACAGAGGGGACCCUGGGCUCCCCAGGACGCCUGUGCCGGGCUGGGAGACCCCCCACCACAACCACCCAGCAUUGGAGCUGGCGAUCCCGGAGCGAAGGCCCGAGGCAGGGAGCAGCAUCGCUCCCUGGGGGCGUCCAGCCCCGCGUCCGCCUCCCUGGCAUUGGGGAGCAGUCACUGGAUUUUAGCUUCCUGGGACAUCUGAGCGACUCUUCCUCCUCCUGCUCCACCGCAGCAGGCAGGUGAAACCCUGCUCGCCUCCUCCACUCACCCCAUGGCAGCCCCACACCUCCCCACGGCCACCGGCUGAGCCUUCUCUGCAGCGUUCCCCACUCCGUAUGGUGCAUCGCAACCCAGCUCCCCGCUCCGAACCGGAGCCCCCGACCUCGCAGGGAGGCGAGCGUGCGGCUGGGACUUUCCUGGAGGCAGGGGAACGUUAAGAUGUUGAAAGCUCCCCGGCCGAGAGGGGCUGCGCGGACGCCAGGCCACCCGGCUAGGGGGGAGCAGGAUGGACAGAGCCGUUGGGGCCGGGAACCGAGGCCGGUAGGGAAGGAUGGACACCCGGACCUGCCAGGACAGGCAGCCCAGUGACCACCCCAGCAGCAGCAAUUGUAGCAGCAGCAGGAGUAACUGCGAAAGGGAAAGGAUCCGGAAUCGGAUGAAAAUGGUGAUCGGGCAACUGGAAGGCAUCUUACAGGAGCUCAAGGAGGUGGCCAAGGAGCUCCGGGAGGUGGUGAGCCAGAUCGACCGCCUGACGUCCGACUUCGAGUUCGAGCUGGAGCCGGAUGACUGGACGACGGCAACGGCCAGCAGCACGUCCAGCAGCGACAAGGGGGGAGGCGCCUUCGAGCUGGGACCCCUUGACUUCACCACCUCCGACAUCCUCUCUGACAGCUGGGAAUUCUGCUCCUUCCUGGAUGCUUCCACACCCUCCGACCCCGGCGACGGUCCUGAGCCCCCGCGGCCGCAGCCUCCGUCAUCCCGCCAGCCUGAUUACCGGCUGAUGAACGGGGGGAUCCCCAUCACCAACGGUCCCCGAGGCGGCGGGACCCCGGAUUCCUCCAGCGAGGAGGCAUUUGGCAGCACAACAGCAGGUCAGAAGCUCCCACAUCCCCGGCCGGCCGGCACACGGGAACGGGUGCGAUUCAGUGACAAGGUGCUUUACCACGCUCUGUGCUGUGAUGACGACCGGGACGGUGACAGCACGGUGUCCCUGGGGGAUGAUGGCCCCGAGGAACCCGGGAGGAAGGUGCCACCUUCCAAGCAUCCUUCCAGCGGCGGUGGCGGAGCCCCAGCACGGCGGCUGACGAGGAACAGCAGCACCCAGACCGUAGCCGACAAAAGCACCCAGACAGUGCUGCCUUAUAUCCCGGCCAAGCAGAAAAUGAAAAAUAAGAACUGACGCACGGAUUUCGGGGAGGGCGGGUGGACGGGGGGACUCUUGGGGAGGGACAGAAAAAUAUAUAUAUAAAUAUAUAAAUAUAUAUUUCAAUAAAUCGAUACUAAUAAUAAAAUUGACAUGAAAAGGUGGCAAAGAAGACAAA